UUGAUAUAAUUAAUCAACAUCAAAAUUAACAAUUAAAACUUCGAAAGACGUCAAAUUCGGACAAGAUAAUAUUUUGUGAAAUAGUUAAGUUAGUCACAUCUUAGUCAGGCAUAUUCACUUCUAUAAAAGCUUCAGAGACAGUCAGUAGGGUGUUUGGAGUUUCUUUUCUUUUAAACACGUUGAGGUGUUGCAAAGGUGUCUAAAGUGUAAAAUCUCAAAUAAUGAGUGGUGAAUCGGUCGGGAAAUAUGCUGCCACUUCAGAAACAGUGGAAGAAGGGUCUCGUGAAAUUAAAAUCAGUUACAUAGAUAUUACGAAGGACUUAACUUUCGAUGUGGAGAAAUCUAAUACAAUCAAUGGCAACAAAGACAGCGAUUGCAAAGACAAACCACUGAAGGAUGGUGUAGAUUUUGAUGACUUAUUACCUCACAUUGGUAAUUUUGGCACGUAUCAAAGAAUUUUGUUUCUAUUAUUGGCACCGUACACGCUGUUUUAUGUGUUCGUUUAUUUUACUCAAAUAUUUAUUACGUUGGUUCCGGAUGAUUAUUGGUGCAAUGUACCGGAGUUGCUUCAUUUGGACGCGAGUGAUAGAUUAAGGCUGGCGAUACCUUUGAAUAAUGGUGAAAUGAGUCGGUGCACAAUGUACAGUGUGAAUUUCACCGAAAAAUUGCUGAACAAUAUCACCGAAGGCGAUCCAUCGUGGCCGAUACAAUCGUGCAUUUUUGGAUAUGAAUUCGAUCAUUCUGAAAUACCUUAUACAACCAUAGCAACGGAGUUGGGAUGGGUGUGUGAAAGUGAUGCCCUGCCAACCAUAGCACAGUCGGUAUUUUUUCUCGGAGCAAUCACUGGUGGGCUGUUGUUUGGAUGGAUUGCGGACCGGUUCGGGCGAGUUCCAGCACUUAUCGGAGCGAAUGUAGUGGGCGGUCUAGCCGGAAUUGGUACGGCAUUCUGUCACCAUUUCUGGUCAUUUACGUUGUGUCGCUACUUUGCUGGAUUUGCGUUCGACAAUUGCUUUACGCUGAUGUACAUUCUCGCACUUGAGUAUGUGGGCCCGAAGUGGCGUACAUUCGUGGCAAAUAUGUGUACAGCAAUAUAUUUUGGCCUAGGAUCGUUGAUUAUGCCUUGGAUUGCGUACGGGGUCAAUGAUUGGCGGAUUUUAUCGAUUGUAUUAUCAGCACCGUUGAUAUUGGCCAUAUUCACUCCGUGGAUCGUUCCUGAGUCAGCCAGGUGGCUUCUAUCACAAAAUCGCAUUGAAAAGGCAACGUCCAUAAUUCACAAAUUUGAACGAAUCAACAAGAAGACCAUCGACCCGGAUGUGUUCAAAAGCUUCAUCGAAACGUGCCAGCGAAACAUCGAAUCGCAACAGGAUCGAAACUAUUCACUGCUUGAUCUGUUUAAGACGCCAAAGCUUCGAAAGACGACACUUUUGAUGAUAGUCAUUUACAUGAGCGUGUCGUUGGUGUAUGACGGUUACAUACGCAGCAUCACGUCCAUUGGCCUGAACAUUUUCAUAGCCUUUACACUAGCGUCUGCAACGGAAUUUCCGGCAUCCUUAGCUCUAACUUUUGUUUUGGAUCGAUGGGGUCGACGAUGGCCAUUGUUUGGUUCGAUGUGUUUGUGUGCAGUGUGUAGCAUCAUUUUAUCAUUUACCGUAAAUGGAAAUGUUAUACUCGCCAUGACCUUCAUGAUUAUUGGACGAUUUCUUGUCAACUGUUCGUACAACAUUGGACAACAAGUUGCAACAGAAUACUUACCUACGGUGGUCCGAGCUCAAGGUGUCGCAUUCGUGCACAAUUUGGGAUAUGUGGCAAAUAUGAUUUCGCCAUUUGUCAUCUACUUGCAAGUGGUCCAUCAUUCGGUGCCAUUUUGGAUAUUAGUUGCGGUCGCUAUCAUCGGCGGUACGUCCAUACUCUUCUUACCGGAAACUAUGGACAGAGAAUUGCCACAAACGCUAGAGGAUGGCGAGCACUUUGGUGACGGCUUCAAAUUCUGGGACGUACCUUGCAAAUCAAAGCAACGAAAGAAAUCAAAAGACGAACAAUAGAGCAGAAACAGCAAUGAUUUGGAAUGUUCGUUGGUUCGAUUGGUUUUAGCAAAAUCAUUUACGAUUCUAUGAACUCCAAAUGGGACUGUAAUAGGGAAAGGUGGAAGGACUAUCACCUUGAAGCGGACAUAACACGUAGGAGAAGUUAGUUUUUUGGUUGUUGUGUUACAUUGUUCUUGGUAGUGUAGUCGGUUAUCAUGCACCUAAUGUAAGUCAAUUCUCUUGCAAUAAAGUUCA